GGGCGGGGAGCGGCGGGCUGCCGGGCAUGGCGUCCAUGGCGGCGGCGAUCGCGGCCUCGCGCUCGGUCGUCAUGAGCGGGAACCGGCCUCUGGACGACAGGGAGCGGAAGCGCUUCACCUACUUCUCGUCGCUGAGCCCCAUGGCCAGGAAGAUCAUGCAGGACAAGGAGAAGAUCCGGGAGAAGUACGGGCCCGAGUGGGCGCGGCUGCCGCCCGCGCAGCAGGACGAGAUCAUCGACCGGUGCCUGGUGGCGCCGAGCGUCUCGGCGCCCCGCGACCCCGGGGACCCCGAGGAGCUGGCGCGCUUCCCCGGCCUGCGCGGGCCCACGGGCCAGAAGGUGGUGCGCUUCGGGGACGAGGACAUAACUUGGCACGAUGAGCACUCUGCCCCUUUCUCCUGGGAAACGAGGAGUCAGAUGGAGUUCAGCGUCUCUUCCUUAUCCAUCCAAGAACCGAGCUGCAGCACUGCCACCGAGCCCAGGCCACCGUCCAGAGCUCCUCAGGGCUCGCAGGCCCUCCGACCCUCCCAGGGCAGCAAAUCCUCCAGCCUGGAUGCUCUGGGUCCUGCUGCCCGGAAGGAAGAGGAAGCGUCCUUCUGGAAGAUCAAUGCAGAGCGGUCCCGGGGGGAGGGCCCUGAGGCCGAGUUCCAGUCGCUGACCCCCAGCCAGAUCAAGUCUAUGGAGAAAGGGGAAAAGGUCUUGCCUGUCUGUUACCGGCAGGAGCCCGCCCCGAAGGCCAGGGAGGCCAAGGUGGAAAAGCCCAGCAGCCUCCGCCAGGAGCAGUGGGUCCCGCCCAGCAUCAGCGUGGAGCGAGAGAGACCCCAGCCCGCCCAGGCCUGCACCAGUCCGCUGAGUGAAGCCGCCGCCUCCGAGCCCGUGGGGAAGCCGCCCUCUCCCGAGGCCGUGGAGGACACGGAGGGUGCUCUGUUCUCGGAACCCGUGCCUGUACAGGUCAGCUCAAGUAAUGUCAUCUUGAAGACAGGAUUUGAUUUUCUGGACAAUUGGUAAAAUGUGCUAGACAAAACAAACCAAUAAUCCCAAAAUGUUUUCCAGAGUGGUGUGGCGAAGGAGAAGAAGAAGGGCAGCAUCCCCCUGUGUCUUUUGCUAGUUUCUGCACACGCUUUUCUUAACCGUUUGGAAACUGGUAAAUAUUGCCUUGUCCAGCUUUCCAGAUUUUUCCCUUUUUGGUAAGACCAGAUACCUGUGCUAUUUUCAACGAUCUGAUUAACAGAAGUUUUACAUUUGGAAUUUUUAAAAACUCUUAAGAAUUCAGUAAACCUUGUAAAUAAAAGUUCUGUUCUAGCUCCACCCAAUUUUCCCCCUCCUCAGAGAAAGAUUUUUCUCAACCCUGUCACAAAAAUCAUAAAGUGAUUUCCAUCUCCUCUCCUGUAUCCCCUCCCUUUUAGAAAUGCACGGGGCUCCUUUCCGUGGGUGGCUGUCCUCAGCAAUAAUGGUGCCGGGUGCUGGCUGUGCCCGUGGGGAGACCUGCCCCACGUGGCAGGAGCCCUCAACCCCACGCUCCAGCUGUCCAGGCUUCCCUUGCUGAAGCCACACUUCUGCAUCAUGUGCCACCCUUUAUUCUCACGUCAUUUCCAGGAAACAGAUUGUUGGCACGUGAUGGAGGUCGUCUUUAAGCUGCCGUGGUACUUAUUCAAACUAUUCAUCAUUGUUUAUUAACGAGUUGCAUGUUUAAAAGUUUUGUAUUAACUUUACAUUAUUUUGUACCUAGAUGUAGCAGUUGUAGGGCUACCACUUUUCUUGGGUUUGUACCAGCUGUUUCCCUUUGGAAGUUCUUUGCUACUUCUGGGGCCUGUUGGGUGUUUCCUGUCCUGGGCACCUGCGGACGUUGCUGGCAGACCAGGCUCUUCUGAUUAGUUGCGUUAGAACCUUCCAGCGUGAAGCUGGCAGGGGCGCUGGAUGUCCUUCAUCCCAAGGACUGGUCAGGCCGCGUCACGGUGGACCCUCCCUGGAGCCUGACCACCAGCGGAAGCGGAGUCAAGUUUCUGCAUGGCCUGAGCGGCGCCCCCUGGAGACCUUCGUGGUCAUGGCAACAGCAUCUCCUGGAGGUGGACUCAGCUGCCCGCUUGACCUGUGCUCCCUGCUGCUGGGGAGGGGCGUUAGGGCAGCUCCGAGGCUGCGCAGGAGGACGG